AUGGUGGUUACCACCACCGCUACUACUCAACAGCCACAAGAAGUAGUUGAAACGCCGAAGAAGCCCUUCAUUCCUUUCUUCCCCAAUUUCAAUUUCAACUUCAAACUCCCUCCUUUUUUCUUCCCACCAAAACAGCACCAUCAGCGUCAGCAUCAGGGUGAGGAAGAAGGAAAGGCUCCGAAUGUUGUGACGUUUCCGAAAACCGAACAAUCUGCUGUUGUUAUUCCUGCGCCUCUUCAGGCUCAACCUGAUUCUCAGAGCCUUUCUGCCAAGACUUCUGAUCCCUUUAAGCUUUACCAGAUUUAUGCAGUAGGAGCAUUCCUUGUUUCGAGUUGGAUUUGGGCAAGGUGGAAUGAGAGGAAGGCUCGAGGGAGGUCUCCGAAUGACGAAGACGAUGGUGCUGGAUCACAGGAAAAUGAAUAG